AAGUUUGGGUGGUACACUGGGGGUCCUUCUUCAGUGGUACCUGAGCUCCCCUUCAUUCAAGGGAUUCUGGGUCUGUAAACUGGAUCAAGUCUAGGAAUUGAUUGAAGACUCAUUACUCACUUUUUAUGAAUCAGCGUAACCUUUGUUCUCAUGACCUAGAGAUGUUCUGCUUGCACAAAUCAAGUAAGCAGUUGGUAGGCUUCCUAUCUGUGUUUCACUUCCAGGAACACUGUGGCCAACUAGCCGGCACUGUGGGUGUGCAUGAGUCAGACUACUACGAUUGCUGCCUUGACUCUCCUGUCCAUUACGGCAGCCCUGGCCAUUUUGGCUUUGAUGGCUGAGUGCUGUCACCUGGCCCCUGCUGCGCCAGGACCCAGUCACUGCUGUGGCGUUGGGUCUCUCAGUCCAGUGGCUGCAGUUCCCGUGGAGAAGAGCAAUUUCAGGGAUGACGGUGCUCCCCUCAUGAAUGUAUUUCCCACAAUAUUGGCGAAAGGUCAGCCUUCUUGACCUUCCCUUGGUGGUUACGUCUUGAAUGACAAGUCCACUUUAACAUUCCAGUCUCCCUAAGCAUUUGAGUCUCAUCCUCCACAACUCACCAAGCCAGAUGUGUCCCUUCUAGCUAACUGCUGUGGGCAGCUCUUAGUCCGUGUUUUAGCAGGUAACAGACAACUGGAGUCCUUUUUAACUGACUGAGCCAUGACAUUACGUGUGGAAUCUCGGCAUAGUUGACUUACAUCAAUAAAUCUGGCCUCAUCUAACAUUGUGAUCCUUUAACCAUCAACCUGUACCCUUAAUAUCCAUCCCAGUACAUGUUCCUUAGAUUUCUUUCUCUACAUCAGAAGCUCAAGUUAUGUUUUAGCAUGUAAUGCCCUCCCUCAGGGGUCACACUUUACACCUCACUUUUAGGGGCCUGUUGGGACUUGUGUCUAGUCAUAGAGAAGCAGAGAAGAGUGGUGGGGGCAGGUCCUGAGAACUGGCAUUGUCUUACAAGGCAACUGCCUCAAAGGACACUGAUAGUGUGUUCCAGCCAUCAGCAUCCCACUCCUUCCCAACCAGUGCCCUCACGUCAACAGCAAACAUUUUUUUGAGGCUGGAAAAAUCAGUUUUCAUUUUAAUUCAGCCACUCACAGGAUGAGAUUCUGGGUUUGGUCUUUAGCAAUCUGAGGUACGUGGCUUUGGGGUGCUAGGAGUCCCUUGCAAGGCAGACAGAGCUUUCCGGUCAUUUAUAGAGUGCAUCCUCUUCUUUUCCCGCCUUGCUCGCUGACAUCAGGGUCAAGUACCACACUUGUCAGUUUGACAGUCUGUGAAAGCGUCAGAUGCAUGUCCACCAGGAUCACUGCUGCUUGUGUGUUGGAAUAGGAAUAGCUGAUGGUGAUAUGCAUAGCUCUGUGGUCAGAGCAUGCCAUGGCCUCUUAGUGCUCUCUCUACUGCAGUAGCAUCGUCGGUGUCUCCAAGUCUAAUCCAAUUAAAGCUAGUGCCAGAAACCAAUUCCCACAACCCAUCCUUAAGUUUCUGUUGCUUCUAGAAACACUCUUAGAACAAAGUCUGAGUGGCAACAUUGUGCAGUGGGCUAAGUUCCUGCUUGUGAUGCUGGCAUCCCAUACUGGAGCCCUGGUUUGAGUCCCAGCUACUCUGCUUCCAAUCCAGCUUCCUUCUAAUGCUCCAGGGAAGGUGACGGAAGUUAGCCCAAGCACUUGGGCCCCUGACGCUCAUGUGGGAGACCCAGAGGAAUUCUUGGUUCCUGGCCUUGGUCCAGCCCAGACCUGGCUGUUACAGCCAUUUGGGGAGUGAGCCAGCAGAUGGAAGACCUCUCUCUCUUUCUCUCUCUCUCUCUCUCUCUCUCUCUCUCUCUCAUUCUGCCUUUCAAAUAAAAAUGUUUUUUAAAAACAAACAAAAUCUAUAUAAUCUGUGCUCUCCAGAGAAAUAGAACCACUAGGAUGGGUGUGUGCAUGGAGAGAGAGACAGACAGACAGACAGGUAUCCUAAGGAGUUGAUUGUGGGACUGGCAAGUCCCACUCUUCAGUGUGGGUCGCUGGGCUGGAGACCCAGGUGAGCUGAUGGUGCAGUCCCAGGGUGAGGCCCCAGGGAGAUCCAGUGCACGUGCCAGUGCAGAGGCCAUUGCUGGGAACCCCCUCCGGGUCAUGGAGCUGGUCUUCUUGUACUGUUCAAGCAGGAGAGGGGCUAAAGGUUGAGCUGAUCCCGUGACCAGUGAUUGACUCAGCCGCGCCUAUGUAUUGAGGCCCUGUGAAAACCCGAAAGGACGGCGCGAUUGCAGGUUGGUGAGCAGGAUGCAUGCGUACGCCCAGAGGGUGGCCGGCCCGGGAUGCGAGAUCAGACGCUCCUGUGCUUGGGGCUGCGCGGCCUUCACCCUGUGCAUCCCUUCAUCUUUAUUCACUGUGUCCUCUAAUGCGGCCUUUGUAUGAACCACUGAUCGAGUUUUCUGGACUGCUUCUAGGUCCCGAUCUAAUUUCUGAACUGUUUUCCUGAGCUGUUCCAGCAAAUGUUUGAUCCUUGUAGGAGGAGGGGAAGUUGACACUGGGCACCUUUGAUUUUUUUUAAAAGAUUUAUUUAUUUGAAAGGCAGAGUUGCAAAGAGAGAGGAGAGAUAGACAGAGAUCUUCCAUCUGCUGGUUCACUCCCCAGAUGGCUUUAAUGGCCAGCACGGAGCCAGGCUGAAGCCAAGAGCCAGGAUUUCCCACUUGGGUGCAGAGGCCCAAAUAGUUGGACCACCUACCGUUGCUUUUCACGGGCCAUUAGCAGGGAGCUGGAUAGGAAGUAUAGCAGCCAGGACGUGAAGCUGCGCCCAUAGGGGAUGCUGACAUUGCAGGCAGAGGCUUUACCCACUAUGUCACAAUGCCAGCCCCUGGACACCUCUGUCUAAUAGCUGGGCAGUCAGGACAGAAGUACGCAUGACAUCCUGGGCUUGUGAUUGUCGUAUGAGGUAGGGUCAGUCUUGUGGGCUCUUGUGAAUCUAUCUGUGGGCAGAAGGUCAGAACUGGGUUAGAUUGUAGGACACUCAGUUUGUGUCUACAGAAACUGGGGGAGUGCUUCGUGUGGGGACAGUCCUGACACAUGAGCCGGAAGUGAAGGAAUGUGUGAGUAUACAGAAAAACUACUUGUUUUCCCUUUUUCAGUGGGUGUCAGAGAGGCGGGACAUGACAGACUGGUGCCGCCUCGCGGAUACACGUGGUUGAGAAGAGAAAGGAGACAAGCAGGACGGUGAGGGGCCUUUGAGUCCUGAGUGGCUCCCCUCCCACCAGGGCAGGAAACUGCGGCUUUGCUGCCACCUGUUACCAAAGGUGCCAAGAGUCUACUCUGAAGACAAUUGUUAAAUCUGUAACCUGACAACAAAUGAGUUUACUGAGGAUAAAAAGCAACAGCAUCCUACUACUGAUUUACCAAAUGCUAACUAAUUCAAACUGAUUAACCAAAAUAUAGGUACAUUUUUACUUACUCAAAUAAAGGAUUAUAGGAUACAUCCUUCUCUUUAAAAUUAAAUUGACUUUUCCCAUGGUUGCAUGUUCAGUGUAGACAAAACAGCCCAGUAUCAAACCUUCUGUAUAUAACCAUUGAUAAUAUCAGUACACAUCCUUGUCACUUUCUUUUCUGUAUUAUGUGUAGUCAUAUUAUUGUACCCAUACUGUUGGCAUCAUAUUGCAUGAAGGAACCUCAAGAAGUUCAUGGAGAAAUUGAAUUAAAAGAUAAGUUCAUCUUGGUACCAAAAAAUUUUGAAAUCCAAGCAGAGCAUUUUCACAUUUUUCAGGAACUUUUUGAAGACUCCUUGUAUGCAUGAAUUUCAAAUUUUUUGGACAAAAGUAAACAUCUUUCAAUUCUACUUUCUGUGAACUUUAGGUUUCUUCAGACAUGCUGGUCUAAAACCUCUUCACUUUCUUUUUUAAAAAAGAUUUAUUUAUAUUUAUUUGAAAGACAGAAUUACAGAGAGAGGUAGAGAAAGAGAGAGAGAGGUCUUGCAUCCACUGGUUGACUCCCCCAGUGGCCACAACAUCUGGAGCUGAACAGAUCCGAAGUCAGGAGCCAGGAGCUUCUUCUCUGUCUCCACAAAGGUAUAGGGGUCCAAGGACUCGGGCCAUCUUCCACUGUUUUCCCAGGCCAUAGCAGAGGCUGGAUCAGAAGAGGAGCAGCUGGGACUAGAACCUGUGCCCAUAUGGGAUGCCAAUGCUUCAGGCUGGGGCUUUAACCUGCUGCGCCACAGUGCUGGCCCCUCACUUUAUUUUUUUAAUAAUAAGUCAUAUUAUAAAAAUAUACUUGACAGUCACCUAAGUUUUAAACUUGAAAAGGACAGGUGUGAGCUAUUUUUAAGUUUGUACAUAGUAUUUUAGUCUUCAUGCUUCAUCCAGCCUGCUUGUAAAAUCCAAACAUCCACGUCUUUUCAAAUCACAUAUAUAGAUAUCAAUAGGUACAUACAUUAGACAUGUUUAUUGUUUACUUGCCUUAUAAUGGAGUGAAAUGAGACAGAAUUCACUUGUGUCCACAUCCUGGAAAUUGAAUCACUCUUUUUUACGACCCUUUUGAUUGAUAUUUUCAUUGUUUUAAGGAUAAGUUGAAACAUCAAGCAGGUUAGGUAUCAACCAAAGAAAUGCCAGCACUGUUAUCAUCAAUGACAUCAAAAGCCUGCUUAGAAUGCCCCUUGCUAAAGAGGCCAGCGACACCAAAAUGGCAAGGAAAAGGUUUCAGAUUCUUACUGCCAAACUUCAGAAGUCAUCCGACCCCAUUUGGCUCAAUGGAGAAGCAUUUCUAAGUCCAGAAACAGCCAGGUGGGGUCAGCAUCCCAGGCCCCGAGGAAUGAAAUACUUGUCAUACAAUCUUCUUACCAAGCGGUGAGCCUCUGAGUUUCUACAUUUAAAAUACUUGUGCAUCCUGUGGCUUUGCUGCCUCAAGCAUGUCUUCUGUACCAACAGCAUCCUGUGGGAACUUGCAGCCACAAGACCUUCUGUGUCAGAAUCUGCAUUUUAAGAAGUCCCCUGAAAGACUCCUAUGCACGGUUGAGUUGGAAAAGCAACGCACUGGGGAGAGAGAAUACGUACUGAAGGAAGACUCUUCAGGCUAAUGGAGACUUUCUUUGGUACGGUAGGGAAUUGUUUGCUUAUUGAUGGAGUUUAGGAUGCUUCAACUUGCUGCCCCAUGUGGGAGGUGUCAGCGUGCCCAGUCUGAAUCCUGCCUUUCCUGUUGAUGUAGCUUAUCUGCCUGUGUGAAGGGGAAUAUAAUACCUCCAGCAGUUGUGAGAAUUAAAUGACCUAGUGUUUAUAGAACUCCUAGAACAUGGUUUAACACAUACUAAAUGCUCAAAAAAAUUCACUAUUAUCAAGGUCUGAAGUUUUUUUUUUAAUUUAUUGUCUUUAUUUGAAAAGCGGAGUGACAGAGAAAGAAGGAAAGACAGCUAGAGAGAGAUCUUGCAUCUGCUGGUUCACUCCCCCAGAUAGGCACAAUAGCCAGCGCUGGGCCAAGCUGAAGCCAGGAGACAGGGACUGCAUCUGGGUCUCCUAUGUGGGUGGCAGGAACCCAAGAGCUUGGACCAUCAUCCCUUGCCUCCAGGGAGCAUCAGUGGGCGGCUGAAUCAGAAGUGCAGAGUAGCCUGGACGUGGACCAGGCACCCCGAUGUGUGAUGCAGAUGUCCCAAGCAGCAGCUUACCCCGAUGCACCACAGCACCAGCCCCAGGGGUGAGUUUUAUAAGCCAUUAUCUUAAAAAUCACAAGUCCUUCUCCUAGGCUGCUGCUGGCAGAACAGUCCAGAAUUAGGGCUGCUCAGCUCAGACCUGCCAUGCAGCUGCCGUGGAGUUCCCUGGUGCUCAGGGGCAGGGAGCGUGGGUGUGCACUGCUGACUCCUGUGUCCCUGUGUUUCAUCAAGAGUUGCAGCAGAGGCAGGUGUUGGGCCUGGCAGCUAAGAAGCUGCUCGGAACGCCCACAUCCCAUGUGGGAGCGCCGGCGUUCAAGUCCCAGCUCUACUCCUGAUCCCAGCUUCCCGCUAAGGCACACCCUGGGAGUCAGCAGGGAUGGCUCCAGUACUUGGGUCACUGGCACCCCAUGGGAGACCCAGAUUGAGUUCCUUGCUCCCGGCAUGAACCUGGCUGGGCCACACCCAGCCCCAACUAUCGCAGGUAUCUGGGGAGUAAAUCAGCAGAUGGGAGACCUCCCUCUGUCUCUGUGCCUUUCAGAUAAGUAAAAUUAAAUGUUAAAAAAGUUACAAAACUAAAAAGACUUUUAGUCAAUUUGUUGAAAUAUUAUCAUCACUACUUUGUAAGAAAGCAGGCCUCUUUGAACUUAAUAAAAAUUUGUUAAUAGGUCUUAUUACAUAAAUGGAUAUCAUUGAUGGAAUAAAUUCCGACAUCUCUGCACCUCCUUUUCCCCUGCAAAGAACUGUAAUCAGAGCUAAGAUAAUCAACUGAAUGAAAUGCCAGAGGCAAGACCCUGACUCAGGCCUCACCAAACAUCCACAAGAGAGAAAUGUUUCCCGCUAAGGAAUACUGUCUUUUCAGCGGGAGGUUUGGUCUUCAACCCCAACAAGGAGUCCUGUUGCCUCAGUCGCUGCUUCCAAAGUUUCAGUGCCUUAAGUGAGUUACCUAAAAAUCUUGGUAAAAUGCAGAUUCUCAGUCUGUGCGUCUGGGUAGGGCUUGACAUUCUGCAUUGCUAGCAAGCUCCUGGUAGAGGCAAUGCUAUUAGUCCAUGGGUCACACCUUGAAUGGGGCCUACCUAGGCUGUAACUAGGUUAGCUAGGCCGUGGGCUGCUUCUGCACCUGCCUUCCUGGGCCCUCUGUGUGUGUGGUUCUUCACUCUGGCUGAACACCAUAGUCACCUGCAGUCUGGGUCCCCACUGCCAGAGGUUAUGGUUCAGCUGAUUUGGAAGAGAUUCCGAAAGUAAGAGGCUGAAAGAGAUGGGAAAAGCCGGAGCUCUCUGUGUGAACCCCUCUGCACUUGACAGUGAAAUUCCUCUGGGCACUGUGACCUAGUAAAAUAACUGCACCCUUGACCUUGAUCAGACGUGCAGCAGGGGGUCGUCAAGAGUGGAACCCUGGAGCUCUCCAUGGCCAUCGGCGACAACUGCGUACCCUCAAGGCGGGUGUUGAAUCAUCCUUGUAGAGCAGUUCCAGGGUUGUUUUCAGCGUAGAACGCAGAAUCAGCCUCUUGGGCCAAGAACUAGAUUUUAAAAAUUAAGACUUUUUGGUUUGCCCUGACUCUAGCAAUGUGACAAACAGGUUAGAAUUUACUUGGGGAGAAACUAUAAAUUUUACCGGACAAAGUAAUCAGACCCUUUCUGCUCACCACUUGGACGGCUGACUCACCCGAGACAGGAGUUGGCAGGAGGAGAGGUUAUUUCAAGAAGCCGGAAGUCUUGGGGAAAGAUUGAUCUCUGUAUGGCAAUGUGCUCCUUCCCUCCCAACAAGCCAGCAGAAAGUGUUUUCAGAGGGCAGGGGUAGCUACAGGUGGAGGCUGGAAACGCAGCGAGUCCAGUCAGUGACGGUCACGCAGAUCCUCCGGCUCUGGUCCCAGGCUGGUCCAUCUGGGAGAGCCAGGGCAUCAGCGGCUGGAGGCUUCCCCCAGUGAAGCCCAGCUGGCCCUGGCGGCUGCAUGCUUUCUCUCUGGCUGGGUGUGAGGUCUGCCAUUUCAAGUCCUCUCCUGAAAUUUCCCUGCAGACAUUAUAAUCUGCUCAUCACAGGUAAUUCACGACUCCAGCAGCCCGGCCUGGCCCUGACCGGCCAGUAUGGACAGGGACGGGAAGAUGCCUUCAUUGCUGUUACACAGACAUGAUCCUUUUCUGUGGGGAUCUUAUGUUCUGGUCAGGGUGACAAGCCCAGUGCAGUGUGUAGUAAAGGUUAACUCAGCAGGCGUCUGGGGUGCUGGAACCCCGACGUUCCAGAGAAAUCCUGGCUUCCUGGGCCCGGCCUUGACUGGCUCCUGGAAGAGGAGCACUGGCCCUUGGAACAUGCAGCCUGAUGAGCGUCUUUCUGUCGGCCUGGGCUCCUGUGCCAUCUGCGUCAGUUUGACCCCUGGAAGCUGGCGGCUGAGAAUCAAGGGAAGUCAUGCCUACCUGAGUGAUUUGCAGUAAUGACCCUGCACAGCCAGGCUCAGUAGGUUCUCUGGAAGAAAGAUAGUGCAGCUGGUACCACUGCAACUCCUAAGAACUGGCAAGUAUCAGAACAGACUCAGAAUGAGAACAUCCCUUCACUAUGAAGACUUCUCUUUGAAAAAAUCAAAUCAUGGAACAAGAGACUGUUAGAUUACUGUGUGCAUCAAUGAUAACCUCUCCAACAAGAACAGUCACGGUGUUUCUGGGAGCGUGCUGUUGGGACUGCUGUUCCCUCUCCUGAGAUGUGUGAGAUGCAGCUGAUCUGCCAGCAACAAUGGCUCUGCCGCGAGGCACCUAGAGGGGCUCCAGUAUUAUCUUAUGGAUUAUACCCUGAACAAGAACUGCAGCUAUGGAAUAAGAUCCAGGAUGCUUGCUUGCCCUUCCUGUCUGUUGACUCCCAGCCGCAGGCACCCGACACCCUGAGGGAGCUUUGCCUUAUGCUCAUGGGGAUUCCACCGAGACCUCAGGAACAAGAUGAAAAAGAUAACACCAAAAGGUUUUUAUUUCAUUAUUCAAAGACACAGAAGUUGGGCAAUUCAAAUGUUGUGUCCUCUGUCCUGCACCCGUUGCUGCAGCUCCUGCCUCACCUGCACGAGAGAAGAAUGAAGAGGUUCCCUGUGGACGUACGUACCUCCGGCUGCAUGCUUGUUCGGCCGCUGUGUGGGCCAGCCCCGGGGGCGCUCGGGGAAGAAUUCCAAAGUCCUUUUGGAAGUCGAAGUCGAGGAUACUUUCUGUUCAGGAAUAUCAACACAUUUUCUACAGAGGCAAUGCUAUGGAAUAUAACAACUACUAACAUUUGUUUUCUUCCCCAAAUCAAUCUUUGCUGAGUUUACUCUGCUGACGAUCCCUGUAUUGUAAACAUUCUCAGUAAAAAUUGGUUGAGAUUGUAAAUGUUCAAUUUCUUGAAAAUAGUGUUGUAAUGAUGAAUGAUAAUGAUAAAUGACAUGAAAUAAAGCUGUCAACAAUGA